ACUCUUUUAUUUUGAAGAAAUCAGAGCGGAAGUGUUGUAACCGCCGAGGAAGCAAAGAGUACGGUAGAAGUUCGAGAGAAGUCCUGGUAAAGCUCGUGAAUACAGACAAAAUGGAAAACGUUUCCAUUGACACUAUAAUCCUGAAGCUCCAUGAUGUGGACGCGGUGAAGUUUGGAGAGUACAAACUGAAGACCGGCAUGAUGACACCCAUUUAUAUCGACCUGAGGGUGCUCGUAUCCCACCCGGUGCUCAUGAACCAGGUGUCUAGUCUCAUCUACCAACGAGUUCAAGAAGAGGGGCUUCAAUUUGACUCGGUGUGUGGGGUUCCAUACACAGCCCUGCCUUUGGCCACAAUCAUCUGUUCUCGACAUGAACUGCCCAUGCUCAUCAGGCGAAAGGAGGCCAAGGACUAUGGAACCAAGCGUCUGGUGGAGGGCUCAUUUCGUGAGGGGGAUACAUGUCUGAUCAUCGAGGACACUGUGACCACUGGCAGCAGCAUCCAGGAAACUGCUGAAGUACUCUACAAAGGAGGACUGAAGGUGACAGAUGCUGUAGUGCUGAUGGACAGAGAGCAAGGCGGUGUCGAUAUGUUGGCUUCUCAGGGUAUCAAGCUCCAUCCCAUCAUCUCCAUGUUUAAGCUGCUCAACGUGCUGCUGGCAGCCGAACGCAUCGACACCAAAACCGCCCAGAGCGUCCGCGAGUUCAUCCUGGACAACAACACUUUCAGCCCCAAGGAGGAUAAUGGCAAUGGAGGUCCUUCCACCAAAAAGCCAUGUAUGGAGCAGAACGUGGAGCUGAGCUAUGCAGAGAGAGCCAAACUACCAAAUGUCCACCCUCUGGCGUCAAAGCUGCUGAAGACAAUGGAGGAGAAGCAGUCUAACCUCUGUGUGUCCGCCGAUGUGACGAGCAGCGAGGAGCUUCUUCAGCUGGCCGACUCUCUCGGCCCCAACAUCUGCCUGCUGAAGACGCACGUCGACAUCCUAAAGGACUACACGGCGGCCUUUUGCCAGAAACUGCAGGCUUUGGCUGAGAAACACAACUUCCUCAUCUUUGAAGAUCGCAAGUUUGCUGACAUUGGGAACACAGUCAAGCAUCAGUAUGAAGGUGGUUUGUACCAGAUCUCGUCUUGGUCCCACAUAGUGAAUGCCCAUGCGGUGCCGGGGCCCGGGGUGGUGAAGGGCCUGAGUGCAGUAGGUAAGCCUCUGGGCAGAGGCUGUUUGCUCAUAGCACAGAUGAGCUCCCAGGGGUCACUGGCAACUGGUGAAUACACACAGGCUGUGCUGAAGAUGUCAGAGGAGCAUUCAGACUUUGUGAUUGGGUUCAUCUGCGGCUCUAAGAUCACCAAGAGGCCAGAGUUCAUCCACAUGACCCCUGGGGUCCAGAUGCAGGCUGGAGGUGAUGGGUUGGGCCAGCAGUACUCCACCCCAGAGGAAGUCCUCUGCAACAAAGGCUCUGAUGUCAUCAUCGUCGGUCGGGGUAUCCUGGAGGCCCCUGAUAGGCUGAAAGCUGCUGAGUCGUACAGAAAGUCAGGCUGGAAGGCUUACACAAAGAGACUGGGACAGAGUGGCCAAUAGGAGUUCAGGAGUGAAAUCAUUACGUCUAAUUUCAAAUUUAAACGGCCACUCUAAGGGAACUCUGAAGGGUGACCUUUUAAAGUAUUUUCUCUCUUUCAUUUUCAAGGAACACCAGUGUGCACGAGUCAUAUACAUAGACAUUUGCAGGAGGUUACCUGGCAGGUGUGGGGAAUUGGACACUUUACUGUUGAACAUCUGUUAAUGCAUUCUUUUGAUUCUGUCCUAUUAAUAAGAUGCUUUAACUGUGUUCUUUUGGUUCCUUCCUAUUAAUAAACUGCACAUCUUGACUAAGGUACAUCUGAGCAGGUUAAAACAGAUUUGGGAAAAUGUUUCAGUAUUAUAAGAAUAAGAUGAAUUCCUUCUGUUGGAGAUAAGAAGUACAUUACCUAGAAUAGUGUUUUUUAUAAAUGAGUUGGCUGCUAAACUCCCAAUUCCCCUGAGGAUUAGUUUGUUAAAGCAGGUAUAUGAGGUGUCUUUCCCUUGACAAAGACUGCUGCUUCCAGUCAGGCUGAAGCAUCCUUUCAUCACAAACCUGCCAUUCCUGUGUCUGCUUACUAGAACAAGAUUUGUAGUACAAAUUUGUAGUAGAGUGGGUAUGGUGGAUAUUUUUUUAAUGGUUGUAUAAUAUUUAGGUUUGUAAUUCAGGGAGUUUUCAAGUAAACAUUUGUCCAAUUUUGAUCUUAAGCAUCACUUUUCACACGAUCAGAGUCAUUAAUGUUGAACUCCAGCUUCACAGAGUAUCAGUAAUAAAUAUAUUUAAUACUUGUAUGUACUCAUUUCAUAGAAGAUUUAACAGCUUAGUCACAAUUCGGUACGGUGAUGGGUUUCAAAUAAUGUUUCAACUUUAACUUGAAUAUCCUUUUUGUUUUUUUUAGAAAGGGAACGCUUUAUGUAAUUCAUUUCAUAGUCCAGCUACAAAAGAAUGGCUUUUGAUUUGCCUGAUUGAUUGCAUUGCUACAAAGAAUAUGAACUAAAAAAUGUGAACAAUUUGAAGAGUGUUUGGCCGGCUUUGUAUUUAUUUUUCGUCCUGUUUAAUUGUUAGUUUGGAUGAUCAAUGUGUAGCCCCUCAGAUUGUUUUAAUUACAAGACGAGGGAAGGCUUAUUGCGGCCCGGUUAGUCAUCGCAACUUGUUUUAAGUCCUACGUCUGCCGUCCAUGUUGUUUAACUUAAAAUUUCAAAUACUGAGGUGAAACAAUUUAUUUUACAAAGGGAUAUAAAUUCAGUUAUGAUGUGACAUGAUCCCUGAUCCCAGUUGUUUUCCAUUGUUUAUUGUUUCCAGAAAGGGAGUUGAAUGUUUCGACGAGAUAAUUGCCCUAAAGUUGUGAUGUAUUUUUAAACGACGUGUCCCAGAUGGAAUUCUCAUACUUGAUUUAAUGGUUACAUUUAAAGUUUCUUGUAUAACAGAGACCUUGUUUGGCUUUUUCCCUCCAUGUACUUUCCUAUUAUGACUGAAAGAAGCAAUGCAAUGUCUUCUUUGUGAAGUGACACUCAAUACUUCAAUAAAUCAUAUGGUGAACAAUC